ACGGUUUCAAGUGAAAAUGGAAAGUCGGGUUCUAUUGUAUUUGUUUGUUUUAGGAUUCGCCCUGGACAUUCAGGCCUUCAUCCCAAGCACGGCCGGUACAGACUUUGUCAUCCCUGCAUUCUAUGCUACAUACGGUGACGAUGUGGUCUAUGACGAGAACCCUAAGGUUUACAUAUCCGGUGUAGACUCAUCAGCAAGCAUCAACCUGACUGUCCCGGGGCAAGAGAAGUCCCUGCACUUCUCUGUAGGAGAAGGAUGCACCAUACCCGUCCUCCUUAACUGCCGGUUGUCCGCUAAACAGGUUGGUACGCAGACAAGUGCGCUGCAUUUGGUAUCCGAUGCUCCGAUCGCUGUCCGGAUGCACCAGGAGCACUUGGUGCCGAAUAUGCCGACGUCGUUCCUCUCCUUGCCGACAUCGAUGCUAGGUACGAACUACUUUGUUGUGGAUCCUGGAAACGAGGAGUCCCCUACCGAGCUGAUCAUCACGGCCGCGGAAGGUAGAGCAGAGGUAACAAUCACACCAAGUUCCGUCGUGGAUCUUGACGGGAUGCAGUACGACGAAGGGGACGACUUCCGGGUUAACCUUCAAAGGUUCGAGUCGCUAAUUCUUCGGAGCGAGGGUGACUUGACAGGAACCGAGAUUGUCUCGGAUAACCCGGUUUCUGUCAUUGUCGGGGAUCACUGCGAUCCGAACAUGCCGGGUACAACUCUUUGCAGACAACCUCAUCAACUUCUACCGACGAACCUAUGGGGCAAAAGAUACGUGGUGACGUCAUUCACGUCGUCAGAGGACAGCGUUUAUCAGAUAUUUGCAAUAUCUGACCAGACCACGGUUCGACUAUUAGGAGGUGGAUCCGAGGUAGCGUCGGCUCUGAUCCGCGGGGAAUCAUCAAUCGAACGAGCGCGUCCGAAUAACAUAUACGUGGUGGAAUCCGAUAAACCGGUCUACGUCCUACAUUACGAGGGAGAUGGACAGGCUCUUACGGCUUUAACUCCGGAUAGUCAUCGGGUCGCCGGAUCCUCCUCAGUUCCUGCUAUAACCGCCAGCAACCGAAAUGCCCAAGCUCACUUGCUUAUUACGACAGACUGUGCCAGUCCCGAGGGCUUCAAGUUGGACCUCGAAGAACUCCCAAGAUCGAAAUCCAUAGUGAGGGCCACCGAUGAUGUUGAUUGCGUCAUUCGAGUGCCCGUGGACAGUGGGAAUCACGUGCUACAUCACGAGUCACCUGAUGCAACCUACUCCGUCACUGUGCACGUGACCGAUGAUGAAAUGUCCUAUGCCUACCCUGUGGGGUUUUCAGUUAACGGUAUUCAAGAUUCAAAUGAAGAGUUACGACAAGAUGAUACGCCUGUCACAAUGUUCGAGAACCGACCCAAGAGAAAAAGUGGCGUCAUGCUUACUUGGAAGAAACCAUCGUCUUGGCCUGGACAACCUCAGGGUUACCGUAUCCAAAUUAAAUCAGCUCGAGACCCUGGUUUCUGCCAGUGCCGUAAUGUAAUCAUUUAUAAUCCUCGACGGACAAAUUACUGGAUCCGCAACCUGAGUGUGGGAGAGCGUUACAUCGUUGGCAUACGACCCUUCGGGACCAUGGGAAGUGGAGCGUCUACCAUGCAGGUUAUACGAAGAACGGUGUAAUAACAAUGUGGUUUUGGAAACAUCCGAUUAUGGUGGUGAUGGCGGUGGAGAGGAAAAAAGGGGGGACGCUCGGGCUCGAGUAAUUGUAUCAGUGUAGAUCGACAAAGCUGAUCAUCAUAAUUAUGGAAGAGUCUUUUUUAAGCACAGGGGUAUGUUUUGUUUAAGGGGAUAAUGUUGUUUCAUUAUGUUAUUAAGAAUAAUGAAGCAAAAUUUAAUGAAACUAAGUUUUUAUUGACAAAAUCUAUAGCGAAAUUCGUAUGGGUAUGUUAGACAUUAAAGAUGUUUAAAGAUAUAAAGAGAUAAUAAAUUUGAGAAAGAAAAUAUAAUUUAA